UAUGGCUGCUACGGCCACUCCUCCUGGAACAACACCAGUCUAUAUCCUACAACGCUGUAAAUGACACAAAUUAAAAAGACUAAAAAGUGAUGUGCAACGAUUUUAAAGGACUCCAGCUGUAUCGCAACUUCACGCGGGAGGCGUUUGUCCGCAGUGCCGUCCGAAGCUUUGGGAGAAGAGAGAUAUUGCACGCGCUACCUUCAAGCUAUUUUGCUGUAGACUCGCACGCCACACGGUUAACUUUCAUAUGUGGAUUAUUGAAGCCACCAGACACUUAAACUGGAUGUGUUUUUUCGUUAAACAAUGAUCUCUUGCCUUGGAAUACACACUAACAUAAUUGCUGCGUCUUAAAAGCCAUUAUUAUUGUUUAAGCUGUCCAAAUUCGCAUGCACGCGCACCUUUUUCUCUUAAUAAAGAGUGAGUGAGACAUGUGACAUUAGUGCACCAGGAGAUGUUUGAAGCUGUUUUUACAUAAUACUAACCAUUGCGAGUAAUUAUUUAGGCAUAGAGGAAUAGAGGUUGCUUGCACCGUAUACACUGUAUCUGAAGUCUUUGUCCCCGGAGCCAUUGGAGAGAUGGAGGGACAGGAUGGCAAGGGGAAUAAUAAUGAAACGAACCCAAAGACAGAGAAUACAUUUGCGCUCUGGUAUAUGGGCUGGUCAUCUCUAGAUAGGAGGACCACUCUGCCCAUGCUGCCUUGGCUGGUAGCGGAGAUCCGGAGGAGAAGUGAGAAGAACGAGUCCGGUCCCGCACAGGCCAGAGAAGUUCAGCUGUGCCUCUCACCUCCUCUGAUCCGAUGCGUGCCUGCUAGCAGCAACAACCCGUCUGUGUUUAUAUUCGAGCAUAAAGCACAGUUUAUAUCCAGGUUCAUCCACAAUAGUCAUGACCUCACUUAUUUUGCCUACCUUAUCAGAAGUCAACCUGAGAACCCUGAGUCUGAGAUGGCAUGCCAUGUGUUCAAGGCAUGUGAUCCAAACCAGGUGCCUGAGGUUAUUAGCAGCAUUAGACAGGUGUCCAAGGCUGCUCUUAAGGAGGGAAGCAAGCCCAAGCAAGAGACUGAGGAGUCUUUCUACAACUCUCAGAAGUUUGAGGUGCUUUACUGUGGAAAAGUGACAGUCAACUGCAAGAAAGCACCCUCUACGCUGAUUGACGACUGUAUCGACAAAUUCCGUCAGCAUGAGAUUGAACGCAAACGCCAGCGGCUCCUCAGUGGCCAGCGUAGCUCUACUGAGGCCCCUGUGGAUUUCAUCAUAGGGGACGACCCUUUGAGUUCCUCCCUCUGUGAAGUUGACGAACCUGAACCCGAGCCCAGCUUGACUGAGGAGGAGCUGCCUGAGGUGGGCAAUGAGAAACUGGACUUGACGAGCGCUUCCAGUGUGGGUAGCCUGCGAGGGGCCUUUCCUGAAUGCAUCUUGGAGGACUCAGGUUUCGGGGAGCAACAGGAGUUUCGUACGCGCUGUAAUAGCCUGGCCAGUAACCUGCAGAAACGGUCCAGAGAGGCAGCGUGCAAGGGGUCGACUCGCAGGAGACAUGCUAGUGCACCCAAUAAUGUGCAGCCGUCAGAUGCUGACAAGAAUCGUACAAUGCUGUUCCAGGUUGGACGAUUUGAAGUAAAUCUCAUCAGCCCCGACACCAAAACUGUUGUUCUAGAGAAGAAUUUUAAGGACAUCUCCUCCUGUUCACAGGGAGUUAAACAGACAGAUCACUUUGGCUUUAUUUGCUGGGAUGUGGAGGAGUUGGGCCAAAGCCAGUAUGUGUGUUAUGUGUUCCAGUGCGCUACUGAUUCUUUGGUGGAUGAAGUAAUGCUCACCCUGAAACAAGCCUUCAGCACAGCAGCAGCAAUGCAGAGCUCCAAGAACCAAAUCAAACUGUGCGAGGCUUGUCCAAUGCACGACCUACACAAGCUCUGCGAGAGGAUUGAAGGCUUGUAUCCGCCUAGGGCAAAACUAGCCAUUCAGAAGUACCUGUCCCAACUGAGUGACAAUGAGCAAGUCAACAUUUUCGAGAGGGUGCAGAAAAUGAAGCCAUCAUCAGACCAGGAAGAAAACGAGCUUGUGAUUCUUCAUCUUCGACAAUUGUGUGAGACCAAGCAGAAAUCUCACAUCCAUAUCGGAGAAGCCCCACAGCAGAAUGCUUCUGCCAGUGCCUUGACAUCUGAUAAUUCCAGCGUGGGCCGCAACAAAUUGGACUUGUUGAAGAACAAAGCCAAGACUUCUCUGACAAGCUCCUUGGAGAACAUCUUCUCACGGGGGGCCAACCGUAUGCGUAUGCAUCUAGGCAGCAUGGGAAGUUUUGAUCGUCAGGCCGACUCACCUGGUGACUCCCCACCUGGGACUCCACCCAGUUACCUUGAUAACGAUCCAGAUGCCCCGCAGUUCCGUCGCCGUGCGCACACCUUCAGCCACCCUCCCAUUAAGAAGAAGAUCACCUUCACUGAGGCUUCAUCCCAGGGCUGUAAGGCUCAGCUGCACAGGCAGCAGUCUUUGGCCCCUGAGCUGCUGCAGAUCAGCCCUGUUGGUAUCUCGAGAGCGCGCAGCGUCUCUGAGAGCGAGUCCUCCUUCAGUCUCCACUCCUCUUUCCACACCCCCAAUUUCCUGAAAAGCUUUUACCAGGGCUCCCUUGGCUCACUGGCCUCCCUGUCGGACAGCGGGAGUCUUAAGAGUGGUAAUGGGGAAUACAGGAAGAGGUCUUUGUCAGUUUGUAGCACAGAUUCUUUGACCGUGGUGCCUCUUCGCAGAGUUUCCUGGCGUCAGAAGAUUUUUCUUAGGGUGGCUUCACCCAUGAACAAACCCUCAGGGUAUAAGCAGAACAUAGACCACAUGGACAGCCAAGAGCUGCUACCUCUCUCUCCUCGGUCUUUGGACCAGGAUCCUCAUGCCAGCCCCCUGUCACAAGAGCAGGGCUUUGGUGGAGAGAGUGGCCUGCACACUCCAGUUGACUACAGGGCCCUGUGGAAGAAAGCCAUCCACCAACAGAUUUUGCUGAUCCGCAUGGAGAAGGAGAAUCAGCGCCUGGAGGCCAGCCGUGAUGAACUGCACAUCCGUAAGAUGAAGCUGGACUACCAGGAAGUGUGUCAGUGCUCCAAAGAGGUGCAGGCCCUGUGGGACAGGAAGUUGAGCAGACCCUGCCGCACUAAAGUACAAUGGGACAAGGAAGAAAUCCACAAUGCCUUCUGCCAGGGUGUCCCUAAAAGUCGGCGAGGGGAGGUUUGGCUCCUGCUUUCCCAGCAGCAUCGUCUGCGCAACCGUUUGCCGCAGCGUCAGCAGUAUCCAGAUACACCUUAUCAGGAUCUUCUCAAGCAGCUCACGGCACAGCAACAUGCCAUCCUGGUCGAUCUCGGUCGGACGUUCCCCACACACCAGUAUUUCAGCACUCAGCUGGGUGCUGGGCAGCUGUCUCUGUAUAAUCUACUGAAGGCCUACUCCCUGCUGGACACAGAGGUGGGCUACUGCCAGGGCAUCAGUUUUGUAGCCGGUUUGUUGCUACUGCAUAUGAGUGAAGAGCAGGCAUUCGAUGCUCUCAAGUUUCUCAUGUACGACCUGGGCAUCCGACGGCAGUACCGUCCCGACAUGAUCUCUCUGCAGAUCCAGAUGUACCAGUUGUCCCGACUGCUGCACGACUAUCACCGUAACCUGUACACACACCUGGAGGAGCAUGAGAUUUGCCCCAGCCUGUAUGCCGCACCCUGGUUUCUCACUCUCUUCGCCUCUCAGUUCCCGCUCGGCUUUGUUGCCCGUAUAUUUGACCUCCUGUUUGUCCAAGGCACAGAGGUGAUUUUUAAGGUGGCCUUGUGUUUGCUGAGCAGCCACGAGGGAGAGAUCCUGGAGUGUGACAGCUUUGAAAGUAUUGUGGACUACCUUAAAUCCACCAUCCCCACCCUCACUCACAGCCAAAUGGAAGUGACGAUCACCAAGGCUAUUGAGAUGGACAUCUCCAAGCAGCUGCAUGCAUAUGAAGUGGAGUACCAUGUCCUGCAGGACGAGCUGGCAGAUGCUCCUCCACCAUCAGAGGAAUCUGAUCGAGUAGACAAGUUGGAGAAAGCCAAUGCCCAGCUCAAGAAACAGAACAUGGAUUUACUAGAGAAACUGCAGGCAGCUCGUUUGAAGAUUCAGACUUUGGAGAACAGUGUGGAAAGCUUCCUGUCACAUGAGAGCAAGAUGAAACACCUGAUCCGUUCUCUGGAACAGGAGAAAGCUUCCUACCAGAAAACCAUUGAGUGCAUGCGUAGCAGUUUGCCCCUGGAAGUCAUGGCUGAUGUGGAGAUGAUACAACUGAAGUCUAACACUAAUGUAAAAGCCAAAGCGGCCAGUAAAAAGUCUUGAUUUUGCCAGCCCGAUUCUGGCGAAAAGGCACAACCCCCUGACUGAUGUAUCAUGUGGUGCUUGAAUCCUGAGAAAUUGAGUCAACAGCUUUAUGUUGAAGAGCAACAUCAUGGUUGCCUUCCAAGUUUCACUACAUGUGUUUAGGCCAGGUGUAUAGUGAUAAGCAUCAAUGCACCCAAAUAAGAAUGUCUGCUGAUUCCGCUUUUGUUUUCCAAAAGAGCUUCACUCUUGAUUGCUUAAUUCAAUCGUUUCCUUUGUUUAAGAGUUGGGAAUAUUUGAAUAAGAGGACACCUUGCUGCCACGAUGUUCAGAAUACUUGAAAACAAUACAACAUUUUCUUUCCAAAGAGAAGAAUGGCUUCUCAGUGUAUAAGUAUUGAUGCAUUAAUGUCUACAUGUGGACAACGUGAGAGUGACUGUGUUCAACUGUGAAGGUUCUUUUUACCCGACACUCCACAAGGGUUGGACAGUGACUUAAUUGAGGAACCAAAUAUUUACCAGUUCGACCUUUUGCUGAAAGAACUUCACAUAAGUGCAGGAAGUGAAACCGUCUGCUGCUGGGUUUUUCUCUGCAACAUAGUCCUACUGCCCAGACUCCUUGGUUUGGAGCUCUGGAUCACCUUUUUGGAAAUUAGCUUCAGACAUAUUACUGUCUAAAGACAAGACGAAUCACAUGUCUUUACACUGUUAUCUAUGUUAUUGCAUAGUAUUCUGUGUGGAAUGCAAAAGCAUGCCUAAAUAAUUUGGUGUAUGAUACUAUGCCAUAAAGAUAAAUAUGUGCAGUCUUUCAAAUGCAGUUAAUAAUGGUUGUCUCAGUUCUGCCAAUCAUACAAAUAAUUGUUUGAUUUUCAUUCUCAAUAAUUUAUCUGUUGUGUCACCAGAAACUGUACUUGACAUAUGAUGUAGGGCUCAUGGCUUUAUUGUCAGAAUAUACCUUAGUGUCUUAAGUCAUUUUCUUGAAAAUAAAUUUACUUGAAGCAAAAUUGUAUGAUAUUAAAACUUGUAAUUAAAGAUAUAUUCUCAGAAAACAUUUAUUUUUGGCAAAUGUUUUUUCUUGUUUUAAGCAGAAAUGUUAACAUUCAGCAAGGUUUAUGCUUAAAACAAGAGAAAGCCAUUUGGGCAAAAAUUUACUUAGAUAUAUUCAAUGAAAAUACAUCUUAACAUUUUGUACUGUUUUGUUUCUCAAGUAAAUGUAUUUUAUUUUAAGGAUGUGUCAAUAUUUUUACUGGAAAAUCAGAAUUGAUCAUGCUAAAGACAUAGCUUUUUCAGUAUAUCUUUCCCUUUUUUGUUUUUUAUUAUUAAUAUUUUUACUACACAUUCUAGUUGAUGCUUGUAAAACUGGGCCUAGACCUCUCAAGUCUAACACAACAACAUGUGCUCCAGGAGUUAAACCACCUGUUUAGCAUGAUGGUGGCCAAAGCAGAUCGUACAUUUGAAAAUGAAUCGCACUGUAUUGGUCACUUGUCUAACCAUGUGAAUGUGCACCUAAAGCAGGAAUAUCUACUUGAACACUUGUUUGUUAAGAAGCUUUCUAUGUUGUGUUUUGUCCAGACUGAUCACUACUUGCCUGUUUUUGACAGUUAAAUGAAUGAAUCCCAAUGUUUGUAAGAUGGGAAUAGGUCUCAAUGCAGUGUUGAUAUUUCAUCAAGAGCUUCUGACAGGUUUUCUAUGUUCAUGUGAAUAUUUCUUAAGGUUCUGCCAUUCUGUGUGUUAUUGAAACUCCUACUGUAGAACUGCAGUGUUACUGCUGGGCUGGUGAUGGCUACCAGGACCGUGUAAUAGCUUUUCAAUCAACAUGUCUUCUAGGUGGCACUUUUGAAUUCUGUAUUUUAAAUUUUUAGAAAUGCAUAUCUGUGACAAUGCGAACUUAAAAAAAAAAAAAAAAAAGAUUAGGGAGAGACUUUAUAAGGGUGCAUUAUUAGGGCUGUUUCUUACAAUGCAAAUUCAACAUCGAGUUGCACAUCUGUUCAGAGGAGGUACAUCGUAGCAAUACUUCUGCAUCAAUAAGCUGGAGCAACAAUGUGAUUUAUAUAAAAAAUGCAAAUUUAAGAACUAAGGUAACGUUGUCCAACUUUGCAAUAUUCUUGCUUAGUGUUAUCAUGGAAUACAUCUUAAUUAUUAUUAUUUUAUUAUUAUUAUUAUUAUUAUUAUUAUCACAGGUGCAAUUAAUACAUCAUAAUCACAUUUUGUUAUACUUUAUAUGAAAUGUGCCAAAACUUGCUAUAAUUAGUCAUGUUUCCAUAUCCAUUUCGGUUUAGUUUCACUGCGUUUGCAAUUAAUCAGUGACCUUGGUUGUUUGGUUACCAGUGAAAAGAUGUGCAGUAGGCUGACUGUGUUUCAUGAUUAUCUUUGCAAGAUAUCCUGGACUUUUGAUUUUGCCUGAUCUGUCAGACCUUCAUUCUCCAUUAAAAUCAACUUUUUAUAUCUCACUUUCCACACAUAAUUU